GUGACUCGUGACGCCCAUCGCUAGUACAUAGCUGCGUUGAUUUCGGAAGGUGGUUCAUUCCAUACAGGAUCCGGACGUCUCCUUGGUCUAAACACCAUCCUGAAAAAGACUAUCGACUGUUAAAGUAGGUUAUUAUCCAGAGCUACAACCCACCAUAUCCGCUGGAAUGUCUUCACCGUGGGAUGAUUUGAGCCUCCUUCUGGACUCCCCAGACUCAAUGUCCAACCAUAGUCGAGGAACCAUUAAGGAUAAAAUGGGUUUUAAUCCACAUGAAGAUGCUGCUGCUCUGAGGAAGGCCAUCGAGGGAUUCGGCACCAAUGAGAAGGUUCUGAUCGAUAUUCUGACUCAGAGAAGCAGCGCUCAGCGGCAGCAGAUCUGUAAAGUGUACAAGGAUGUAACUGGAAAGGGUCUUGUGGAUGAUCUGAAGGGAGACACUGACGGAAACUUUGAGAGGAUCCUGGUGGCUCUCGUCACUCCGCCGGCUCAGUUCGACAUGCAGGAAAUUAAAAACGCAAUGCAAGGAGCUGGAACCACAGAGAGCACGCUGAUUGAGAUCUUGGCCUCCAGAUCUAACCAACAGAUCAAAGCUCUGUCUGACGCGUACCAACAAGCGACGGGGAAAGCGCUGACUUCCGACCUGAAGUGUGAGGUGGGAGGAGACUUCUGUAAAACUCUGAUCACUCUAGCUGAGGGCAAAAGAGACGAGAGCAAAAAUGUGGAUGCUGCUAAAGCCAAAGCUGAUGCGAAGGCCCUGUAUGAGGCUGGAGAGAAAAAAUGGGGGACUGAUGAGGGCAAGUUCAUCGAGAUCCUCUGUCACAGGAGCAUUCCUCAGCUCAGACAAACCCUGGUGGAAUAUAAGAACCUGAGCGGGAAAACCCUGCAGCAGAGCAUCGAGAGCGAGAUGUCUGGAGAUUUGGAGAACGUUUUAGUAGCUGUUGUGAAAUGUGUGAAGAGCGUCCCAGCUUACAUGGCAGAACUUCUCCAUAAGAGUAUGAAGGGUGCGGGCACUAACGAUGCCAUGCUGACUCGGAUCAUGGUGAGUCGCUCUGAGAUCGAUCUGAUGGACAUCAAGGCAGAGUAUAAAAAACUGUACGGCCGCUCGUUAUACUCCGACAUCAAGUCGGACACGUCAGGAGAUUAUGAGAAAACGCUGCUGGGGAUCUGUGGAGCGGACGAUAAGGCCUGAGCUACACGUCCACCUCAUCACCCUGAACAACACACAGGAGCAGAGAGGAAGAGACAAAAGCAGAACAUCAUCAUUUUAAAAAAAAAUCAUUCACAUUUUCUUUUUUACUUAAUAAAUCAAUCGCUUAAUAUUUACAGAUAUUACAGAAACUAUAUGACGUCUAACAUGUGGAUAAGUGAGGCAUUUUAAUUACAUACAUUUUUCUAGUGUGAAUCGAUGCUGUGUGUGUGUGUGUGUGUGUGUGUGUUUAAUCCUUGAGUGAUAUAUAUGAGAAAAGAUUCUGAAAAAUAAAACUCACUGUAAUUAAUAAUUUGCCCUGAUCGUGUUACCGCAGACGACUCAAACAAAUAAAAAUGUAGAAAAUCACAAUAACAUCAAACUAAUGAACCGCUUCCAAAUCCUUUCGAUCAGAAUCUGUUUAUUUACUCGAUAUCUUUGGUGUUGGACAGAAUAAACAGAUUCCAAAUAAAUAUCUUAUAACAUUCA